GCGUUCCUCAUAGUUGUCUUCCUGUAUGUUGCUGUCCGCUCACGAGCUGUGCAUGCUCAGAACCCAAUGUUUGCAAACUAAGGCGUGUUGAUAUAUCUGUUCGCUGAUGUCUACAGCAACAUGGCUGAAGACUCAGUUAAAAGAUUAUCCAAAUAUAAGGAUGAAAUAGACUCUGUAAAGUAUUCACAGGCCGGUUAUCGUUUGUAAACAAAGAGCGGACAGCUACGAACACGGCACCGGAAAAACGCAUCUGCUGUUCACGCAGUGAAAUUGGUGUCAUAGUGAACAAGUGUAUAAAACGACAGACAAUCGCCCUUUUGCCUCCAGCUAGUUGGCCAUGACCUCCCUUUAGGCUCCACCUACUUCAGAAAAAUGAAAAACAUCACAUGUUUAAGCCUAAAACUUUCCUAACACUUCGGCCAAGUGUUCCCUAGAAACGGAGGAAAAAGUGGCGCCACAAAAGAUAGUCCUCGUGACCCUUAUAUGCUAAGUGCGCAUGCGCCUAACCCAAUGUUUACAAACAAAGGCACGAUAAAACAGAGCUGUACGCAGCAGCCCCCGAUAACAUGUCUCGUGAAAUGAAUGAGCGUUUCCAGAAAUUUAGGGAUCAAAUGUCCCCUAUUCGGCAACUUUUACUGAGUGGAAAGUAUCCUGCAAAAAUGAGCAGGAAUGAUAAGAGACAAUUGAGAAAACAAAGGGAAACUUUCAAGAUAAAAGGGACUGGACAAGGAUGAAAUGACAUGGCAGAUUACAUUUCAGAACAAGUGAGGGCUGAACGUGAUAAAGAACAGAUGACAAGUUAUAUCGAAGCAGAAGAGGGAAAUGGGUGGAAAUUAUAACUACACCAUCAGAAGCAUAUGAAAAAAUGAAGCUCAUCCAUGAAACCAAUCAGGGUCACAUUGGCAUUGUGAAAACAAAGAGUAGGAUUGCCAUGAAGUAUUACUGGCAUGGCAUGUCACAGGAUGUCAUUAAUUAUAUAACAUUUUGCCAAACAUGCCAGCAAUCAGAGAAAUUCAAAAGACAUGCUCAUACUUCGAGUCAAAAGGUGUCUGACCCCUUGGAAGUUGAGGAGAUGGAUCUGAGUGAAAAUUUGGCAAGUGCAGAGGGCAAACCAGAUGUUACUAAGCUUCCUUUCAAGAAUGUGAGAGUACAGAUGCGUAAGGCAAGUGACUACGUUACCUGCUUUGUACCAACGUGCAUGAACACUACAAGGACAGCACCAGGCAAAUGGUUUAUAGCUGUACCCAGAAACAAGACCAAAAGGAGGGACUGGUGGCUCAGUGUUGGCCGUAGCUUUCCUGUGCUGAAAAAUGACUAUUACUGCUGUGAAGACCAUUUUAAUCUUGAAGAAGAUACUACAAACUACCUUUACACAAAGAUGAUGGGUGGGAAGCUUACAAUAAAAAAAGGUGUCGUUCCUCACAUAUUUCACUGCCAUGAGGAAUAUCUGCCACAGGAAGAUAUUAUAAAACUACUUAAAGAGAAUCUCUCAGAAACUUCAAGUUUGGAGGAUAAUGAUGAUGCUGAGAGAUGUGAAGCACACAUUUUAGAGCCUCUUGUCAAGCACGUUGGAGUACAGACUUCCAAGUUGCACUUUAGGAAUGAACUUUCUGACGAGUGGAUAGAGUUUGAUCAAGAUGCAUCAAUCCUCUCCUGCUUGACUCAGUAUGAUGAACUACAAAGAAGAGUUUCAUCAAACAACUCAUCAAUCAGUGUCUUCAGUGAUCCCUUGGAAACUUAUGAAUCCAUGUCAGAUUUGGCUCACAGUUCUAUAAAUGAAAGUGAUGAUGAAGAAGAAGAAGAAGAAUUUGAAGAUCCUGCUGUUCUCCUUGCAACAGGUAAAGGAACUCAGUUGAUGAAGCUUCUGAGGAAGUACAGAAAGGAGAAGAAAUUCUCAUCAGCUCCAUUACGAGAGUGCCAAUCAUCUCCAGCAACGAGAAGGCAGUGUCCAGUAGAUGAUGCUCCACAAUGUAUGACACAGACUAGUGAUCAGCAUACCACUUUGGAGAAAAGUGAAGUUCUUCCUCAGCAUGACCCUUUUGCCAUUAGUAUUGAAGGUGUAACUUACAGAAGCAUUUUUAAAAGUCACGAGGAAGAUGCAUUGUCAAUGUACAUAGCGAAGGAAUGUGUCGAUAAGGCCUUCGUAACCAUAUCAGUACUUUGCAAUAAGGUGUAUGAUUUCUGUGUGAUGUAUGAUAUUUCCCGUCCACCUGCUUGGGAUUUGAACCAGUCAGCUGACAAUGAAUGGUUCCAAGGAUUCAUGAGAAGACAUCCAUUUUAUAACUGGAACACUGUUAUUAAUAAUAAUGAAAGUAGAAUUCUUAAGCCAUGUGAUAAAUUAAUAGACAAAAUUGAAUUUAUUUCAGUACCACAAACACCAACAGAGGAAAAUGAAGAAGAUAAAAAGUCUGUGUUAUGUGAUAUUGCAUUGGAUCAUAAUUAUGCUCUAAGUACAAUUCCUCAACCUCUAUAGAUGUGCUGAGAAAGUGUUUUACUCUGAGUAUUUGUAUUUUCAUACAUAGCAAGCAUUGUUCAGAUUUCCAUAGUGAUACUUAAGCAUAUGUUUGUUAAAUCUUUCUAGUGUAACAGUAUAUCUCAGGAAAAAGCUAAUACUGUGUAAUAAGAAGAAAAUUGUUGAUUUGGGAGCAUAUAUCACAAGUAACUUAUUCUUUACAAUUCUACGUUAUAUGUCAUCAUCUGCAUUUCAUAAUCUCUGUUCUUUUAAGAAAUUUGCAGAGGUAUGACAACAAUAGAAAACUGCUCGCACACACACACACACACACACACACACACACACACACACACACACACACACACACACACACAUGGUUGCUUGGAAGUUAUUUCUUCACUUUAUAUCUACUUAUUUUCUAUACCACUGGUGGUAAUGGGUUAAAAAUUUAAAUAUGUAAACUAAAAUACAUCAGUGAAGCUCCUAUAUCAAAAGAAAUGUGAUUUCAGCCUCUUUUAAAUACAGUUCUGCUUCACUCUAAAUGUGUCAGGAGAUAGGUAAAAGAUUGGUUGCUGAAGGUUGUCUGAGGGGGAGGCUGAUUAAUUUAGAGUAAGACCUAUCUGGAUGUGAAGGAGGAGGAAGGUAAUGAAAGGGAAUGUAUAUUUGGUGGAGUUUUGCAGACACUGAAUGCCACAAGGGAAGGUUACACAAUUCUGAUGUAAUGCAGGUUGUAGGAUUAUGUGGAUGAGUAUCAUUGGAAGGAUAAAAGAAUACUGUGGAUAAAAAUAUAAAGCUGAAACACUUGAGAAUGUUGUGUGUGGACAUACCAUGUAACAUUAAAAUAAAAAGAAAAACUGUAAUAAGUGAGAAAUGAACCAUAAUGAAUGUGUACAGAAUCUUAAAGGAUCAAAGAUAAAAGCUGACAUGAAAUUCAGAAAGUUGUCAUCUCUUCCAAGUAGCACCACUCAUUCAUUGUAAGUACCAUCUAUCCACUCAUUCCUAAAGACACCUCACAAAAGCAGCAGUAUCUUGUCUCAGUGAUAAUAAAGAAACAUUAGUUUACAAAAAUAUGUAUUACAAGUUAUAUUUACAUAACUUUAUCUUAUUAACAAAUGUAGGCUUUCAUAUCACAUGUAAUAUUAACACACAAGGCAGACAUAUCACCAGGUACCCUACACACUGCAUGACCAAAAGUUAGGGACAAGAAGAGAAGAAAAGACAGGUAGUACACAGCAUUCCUUACAUUAUUUGAGAGUAAUUGAUGGGUUAUCUUGGGCAUAUGUAGGGGUGAUUUUCAUGUUAAUCGUUAAUCAAAUAACAAGCAAACACACACACACACACACACACACACACACACACACACACACACACACACACACACACACAUGCCAGAGUCAUUAACUAU